AUAAUUAUAUAGAGAGGAGACACAAGCCACAGCUUCAGCACUGACUGGGAUAUAGCAGCACUCAAAGGUCAUUUCUAGCCAUGUGGAGAAUUGCUGCUGUUCUGUUCUUUGUGGAUCCUAUCGCUGCAGAAUGGUGUUACACAGAGGAAUCAUGCGACCCUAGUACUUGGAGCUCUCUGGGAUCAUGUGGAGGAUUAAAUCAAUCUCCUAUAGACAUUGCAAAUGGAUCUGCACAGUUCAACGCCAACCUGGGAAACUUUACCUUCACCAACUACAGUAAUAACAGCAAACUGCUGCUAUUCGAUAACUCAGGCCACUCAGCGGAGGUUCAGCUGGAUAGUGGGGUGACCAUAUCAGGGGGAGGUCUACCAUCCAACUACUCUGCAAUCGCUUUCCACUUCCACUGGGGGAAUGGGACUCUACCUGGUUCGGAACAUCGCCUGGGGGGAAAGCAGUUCCCUAUGGAGAUGCACAUUGUUCAUACAAAGAAUGGAAUGAAUUUGACUGCUGCCAAAAAAGACCCUACUGGAAUUGCAGUGCUGGGAUUCUUCUUUGAUGUUGGGACAUCAGCCAGCACUUCAUCAAUGACCGCAUUGGCCAACCUGUUAGCAAAUGUCUCAGUUGUAGGAUCAAAUAUAACUCUGAAUGCCUCCUUUUCUAUUGAUUCCGUCCUGGGAGAAGUUGAUAAGACCUCUUAUUAUCGAUACUCGGGUUCUCUAACUACCCCAACAUGUGAUGAGGCCGUAGUGUGGACAAUAUUCAAAAAUCCAAUUUUAAUCCCAGACAGCGUGAUACGGACCUUCUCAUCAAGUCUUAUUCAUAACACCACUGGAAGUCCUCAGUACAUGGUAAAUAAUUUCCGCCCUCCUCAGUUGCUCAAUUCUCGGCAGGUGCAGUCUUCUUUUUAUGUAAGUUCUCCUUCUAGCAUGGUAUCUUCAUCACUUUCUAGCAAACCAUCUUCAUCAAGUUCUGGCAUAUCAUUUGCAUCAACGGGAAGCCCAUCCAGUGCAAACGUCCAUUUUGGCUCGGGGCAUUUGCUGUUCUUCUUAAGUGCCGUUGUACUGAUGUUCCAAGGAGUAAUCGAAGAAUGAAUUUUGCAUUAUAACUGUACCCUUUCCACAUACUAAAUAUCUUUUGGACUUGACUAUGUUUCGAUGACACAGAGCUGUACUGAGGCCGGGUUAAGUUGGAGGCCACAUUAGGUGGAGGACCAAGAACUUAACAAGAUACAUUAAGAAUAAAAAAGUGAUAAAGGCUUACUGGAACUUCAAGUCACCACAGGACUUUAGGACAUUGGUUGUAAGAGGACAUGACGGCCUGCCCAUGGAAAUGAAGCCUAUAUAGAACAGGAUUCUUCUAAUCUAUGGGUUAGGACCACAAAAAGGUCUCCAUGCUGUUUAGGGUGGGUCCUCGUGAUCUCCUUUGAUACUCUGAUGAAUAGUCAUUAAAAUGAGGUCCAUAACUGGUUCUACACCAAGCUCUGGGCCACAAAGCAGAUUUAGGAAAAUUAAUUUGGGACCCCUGGGAAAAGGUUUAUGCUAAAGAUCUACUGUAGCUUAGGGUCUACAACACCAAAUACAAAUAAAUCUACAGGAGCCCCUCAGAUCUUGUCAGAUCCUGAUGUGCAGGAGAUGGAAAGGUGGUGGGUAAAAAUUAAAGCUCAAAAUGAACAAAAAAAAUGCGACUGUAUCGUGGUCACGUUACUGCAAUAGCCGUUCCUUUAUAAAGAAAUGCAAA